AUGUCACAAGCUCCAGGAGGUUUAAGAAGUGCUGCUAAGAGAAAAAACACUGCUGAUAAAAAAGCUAGUGCAUCCCAACCUUUAUCUACCAGAUCAGCUGGUGCUGGAGGUUCAUCAGCCACCAUGAUGAAAUUAUUCACUGAUGAAGCUCAAGGUUUAAGAAUUGAUCCAUUAAUUGUUUUAUUUUUAGCUGUUGGUUUUAUCUUCUCCGUUAUUGUCUUACAUGUUUUUGCUAAAUUAACUGGUAGAUUUUCUUCUUAG